UCUUGUCAAAGCCACGCAACCUCAAUUCCUCGCCAACUCGCGCACAUUUUACCGCCAAAUUCGAUUUAAAUUUUCAAAUCUCUCUCUCUCUCUCUCUCUCUCUCUCUCUCUCUCUCUCUGUGAAAACUCUCAGAGAAACGAGGAGAGGAUUUGAUUUUCCAUGGAAAACGAAGACGAAGUCGAAUUCCUCUCAGUUUCUGAUUCCACCGAUUCCAGCGAGGAAUACACCGCAGACCUUGAAGAAGAAGAAGAAGAACUCGAUUUAGACGCUAACAACGAAGAGGAAGACGAACCAUGUGUGAGCCGUUCUGUACCGUCCGAUCAAGAUCGGAAAUCGAAGAACGUCGAUGCUCUCUUGAGAGGUGACCUAGUGGUGAAAAGACAGCCGCUGCUUCCACGAGUCCUUUCAGUGACAGAAGCAGCAGCAGUUUGUCGAAAACCCUUUAAGCCGCCAUGUUCUAAUGGCUAUGAUGAUCAAAAUACACUUGCUCGUCGUCUCUGGGCCCGCAAAAGAUUUGUGCCGUGGGGCUCUUCAAGGCCAGCAUUGGUUGCAAUUACCAAUAGAGUGAAUGUAACAAGUAGUGCUGAGAAGGAUGUAGUAGAGGAGACUGUGACUCUGCCACCUGGGAUUGAGCCUUUGGUGUUGUGGCAACCUGAAGAAUCCGAGAAUGGGGCUGCUAAUUUGGUGCCAAUAGUAGUUGACCCAUUGCUUGUUCGUUUCCUUCGGCCCCAUCAAAGAGAAGGGGUUCAGUUUAUGUUUGAAUGUGUGUCGGGGUUAUGUAGUGCAGCAAAUAUAUUUGGAUGCAUUCUGGCUGAUGAUAUGGGUUUGGGAAAGACGUUGCAGUCAAUCACCUUACUGUAUACUCUUCUUCGUCAAGGAUUUGAUGGGAAGCCAAUGGUUAAAAAGGCCAUCAUUGUCACUCCUACCAGUCUCGUAAGCAAUUGGGAGGCCGAAAUUAAUAAGUGGGUUGGAGAAAGAGUUCAGCUUAUUGCUCUCUGUGAAAGCACCAGAGAUGAUGUUAUCUCUGGAAUUGACAGGUUUAUAAGUCCACACAGCUCCAUACAGGUGCUGAUUGUUUCAUACGAGACAUUCCGGAUGCAUUCUUCAAAAUUUAACCAUAGUGAAUCCUGUGACCUUCUCAUAUGUGAUGAGGCUCACAGGCUGAAAAAUGAUCAGACAUUAACAAAUCGGGCAUUGGCUACUCUCUUGUGCAACCGCCGUAUAUUGUUGUCUGGAACACCAAUGCAGAAUGACCUGGAAGAGUUCUUUGCAAUGGUUAACUUUACGAAUCCUGGAAUACUGGGUGAUGUUGCAUAUUUUCGCCGGCACUAUGAGGCACCUAUUAUUUGUGGAAGAGAACCUACUGCCACUGAAGAAGAGAAGAAGCUAGGUGCUGAGCGCUCUGCAGAACUAAGUGCAAAAGUUAAUCAGUUUAUAUUACGAAGGACUAAUGCACUAUUAUCAAAUCACUUGCCACCAAAGAUAGUUGAAGUUGUUUGUUGCAAGUUAACUCCUCUCCAAUCAGACCUAUACAAUCAUUUUAUACAUUCCAAAAAUGUUAAACGGGCAAUCACUGAAGAGAUGAAGCAGUCAAAGUCAAAGAUUUUGGCUUAUAUAACAGCUCUUAAGAAGUUGUGCAAUCAUCCAAAGCUGAUUUAUGACACCAUAAAAAGUGGAAGUCCAGGAACUUCAGGUUUUGAGGAUUGUAUACACCUUUUCCCACCAGAGAUGUUCUCCGGAAGAUCUGGAUCGUGGACUGGUGGUGAAAGGGCUUGGGUUGAGCUUUCUGGGAAAAUGCAUGUCUUAGCCCGGCUAUUGGCUCAUCUACGUCAGAGGACUGAUGAUCGUAUUGUCCUUGUGUCAAACUAUACUCAGACACUGGACCUUUUUGCUCAGUUGUGUCGUGAAAGAAGAUACCCAUAUUUGAGGCUGGAUGGAACAACAUCAAUUAGUAAAAGACAGAAGUUAGUGAAUCAAUUUAAUGAUCAAUCAAAGGAUCAAUUUGUGUUCCUCUUGAGCAGCAAGGCUGGUGGUUGUGGCCUCAAUUUGAUUGGUGGAAAUCGACUAGUCUUGUUUGAUCCUGACUGGAAUCCAGCAAAUGAUAAACAAGCUGCUGCAAGAGUAUGGAGGGAUGGACAAAAGAAGAGAGUAUACAUCUACAGAUUUUUGAGUACAGGAUCAAUUGAAGAAAAGGUGUUCCAGCGUCAGAUGUCAAAAGAAGGGCUUCAAAAAGUUAUCCAGCAAGAGCAAACAGAUACAACGCAGGUGAACUUUCUUUCAACAGAAGAUCUACGUGAUCUUUUCACAUUUCAUGAGAAUGUGAGGUCUGAAAUUCAUGAAAAGAUGAACUGCAUCCGUUGCCAAAAUUACAAUGAAAAGAUUGAGAGCAUAGAAGAGGGAGAUGAAAAUGAAUCAGCAAAUGUAAAUUGUCAAUCCGAUCCAGAAACCUCAGAUAUAGGUGGAUUUGCAAAAAUUGCUGGAUGCUUGCAUAAGUUAAAGAGCUCGGAGAAACAGGUAGGGACUCCUCUAGAAGAAGAUUUAGGUAGUUGGGGGCAUCAUUUCUUCUCAACAUCAGUACCUGAUCCUAUAUUGCAAGCUUCAGCUGUUGAUGAGGUGACAUUUGUUUUUACAAACCAAGUGGAUGGGAAACUUGUACCUAUUGAGUCCAAUGUAAACCCAAAGAUGCAGGGAACAGAAGAAAAUGAGAAUGGUUUCAAAUCAAAGCCAAACCCGAACAAAAAAUCCAUGUUAUAUUCUCAACAUCAAAAACCUCUGCAAUCUGUUUUGUGCAAUGGAGAUUCUACCAGGAGCACAUUAUGUACAUUUUCCAAGCCUUUACCAAGGUCAACUAUGAAAUCAGUGACUACUACUUCUAAAGAUUCAGCACAUGUAGAAUCGAGGACUAAUCUCUCUCUUGGAAAUCAAUUACCCCAAAAAAGAUUGACUCCAGAUACUGUAGUACAUGAUGAUGAUUUUGAGUGAGAUUGGUUCUACUCAUACCAUAACUGGUACUAUAAACAACCAGCAAAUUUAGGAUUGCAACUUUCUAAUAGGUUGCUGAAGCCAUCACAGCAACGAGGCAUCUAUAAUAGUGGCACGAAUAACCGCACUUUCAAAGAUGUGGAGCUUUCAGCCAUUGAUUCAAUGAACUUACUCUUGAGAGCAUUGUUUGAGUGGUCUUGUACGGAAAUAGCAAUGAGCAUUGGUUGUAAUUAUUUAUUAGAUUUCACAGGCUCUUUUUCCUUUAGGACCUAAGUUUUCUUUGUUGUAAUUCUUUUAUUUAUAUAUAUAUAUGACUGACUGAUUUGUUGAGAA